UUAACCUUUUCGUUUUGACCAUCUCCUUCCUCCUCCUCCUUCUCUUCUUUUUCCAAACGAGGAAAACAAGCAGAAGAGAGGAUUCAUGUUCUUGUCUCGUUGAUCACUCAACAACAAAAAUGCUGAGGUUCUUCCUUCUUUUAUCCCUUUUCAUACCCUCCUCUGUUGCCGCAACCAAGGUUACCCCUAAGGCUGUUCCUCCCAAGAAAUGGCUCACCCUUAACGGGAAAGAGCCUGCGGUUGUUGCAAGAGGCGGCUUCUCAGGUCUUUUCCCGGAGUCUAGUGCCCCUGCAAACGACAUGGCUAUUAGCACCAGCUCGCCUGGCCUCACAAUGUUGUGCAACCUUCAGAUGACUAAGGAUGGCGUCGGCCUUUGCUUGUCAGAUAUUAGACUUGACAAUGCAACCACCAUCUCCACGCUAUUCCCCAAAGCCCAGAAGACUUACAAGGUCAACGGUCAGGACCUCAAGGGAUGGUUUGUCCUUGAUUACGAUGCCGACACCAUCUUCUCCAAUGUCUCCCGUAUGUCAUCUCCUCUUUUCUUUCCUUCAAUGCUCACCACCACCACACUUUCUCAUGUUUUGUAUUCUUGUGCAGUCGUCCAGAACAUCUUCUCUCGUCCCAGCAUCUUUGACGGCCAAAUGCCGGUUUCCGCAGUGGAGGACGUCCUCGGAACCAAGCCUCCCAAGUUCUGGUUGAGCGUUCAGUACGAUGCCUUCUACAUGGAACACAAGUUGAGCGCAGCUGAUUACCUGAGAAGCUUGCGAUUCCGCGGCAUUAAUGUUAUCUCAUCUCCGGAGAUCGGUUUCUUAAAGAGCAUAGGGAUGGACGCAGGCAGGGCCAAGACAAAGCUCAUAUUCGAGUUCAAAGACCCCGAGGCAAUUGAGCCCACCACCAACAAGAAGUACAGCGAGCUUCAACAGAACCUCGCAGCAAUCAAGGCCUUUGCUUCAGGCGUUCUUGUCCCCAAAGACUACAUUUGGCCCCUUGACACGGCUAAGUACCUUAAGCCCGCCACCACCUUUGUGGCUGAUGCCCACAAAGCCGGUCUAGAGGUCUAUGCUUCUGGAUUUGCCAAUGACAUGCGCACCAGCUUCAACUACAGCUUUGAUCCCUCCGCUGAGUAUCUACAGUUUGUGGACAAUGGCCAGUUCUCUGUUGAUGGCAUCAUCACCGAUUUCCCGCCAACAGCAUCACAAGCCAUCACUUGCUUAUCUCACCAAAAGGACAAUCUCCCGAAAGCAGGGCAUGCGUUGGUUAUAACUCACAACGGGGCAAGUGGGGACUAUCCAGGCUGCACUGAUAUGGCUUACGAGAAAGCAGUCAAUGAUGGAGCAGACGUGAUCGACUGCUCUGUCCAGAUGUCUAAAGACGGAAUCGCUUUCUGCCAUGAUUCUGCAGACCUCACUGCAAGUACCACCGCCAUGACUACUUUCAUGUCCCGAGCCACCAGCGUUCCUGAGAUCCAGCCUACCAACGGCAUCUUCUCUUUUGAUCUCACCUGGGCUGAGAUUCAGUCCGUGAAGCCACAAAUCGAGAACCCCUUCACUGCCACAGGAUUCCUGAGAAACCCAGCAAACAAGAACGGCGGGAAGUUCACGACUCUCGCUGACUUUCUUGAAUUCAGCAAAGCAAAGGCAGUCACCGGAGUUUUAAUAAACAUUGAGAAUGCUGCUUAUUUAGCCUCAAAGAAAGGCCUAGGAGUCGUAGACGCAGUCAAGUCAGCUCUGACCAAUUCCACACUCGACAAGCAAUCAACCCAGAAGGUUUUGAUUCAGUCAGAUGACAGUUCAGUUUUAUCUAGUUUCGAGGCUGUCCCUCCUUACACUAGAGUCUUGAGUAUCGACAAGGAGAUUGGAGAUGCCCCCAAGCCAUCCCUUGAAGAAAUAAAGAAGCAUGCAGAUGCUGUCAAUCUCAAGAGAACUUCUCUGGUCACCGUCUCCCAAAGUUUUGCCACAGGAAAAACUAACGUUGUAGAGGAAAUGCACAAAUCAAAUAUCUCUGUUUACGUUUCGGUGCUAAGAAACGAGUACAUCUCCAUAGCAUUCGACUACUUCUCUGAUCCUACGGUAGAGCUUGCAACAUUCAUUGCUGGGAGUGGCGUUGAUGGAGUAAUCACAGAGUUCCCUGCCACUGCAACCAGAUACUUAAGGAGUCCAUGUUCAGAUUUAAACAAAGACCAGCCCUAUGCUAUCUUACCUGCAGAAGCCGGCGCUCUACUGGCUGUAGCAGACAAGGAAGCACAACCACCAGCAAGUGCCCCAAACCCGCCUCUUGAUGCCAAAGAUGUGAUUGAUCCGCCUCUGCCUCCGGUUGCAAACAUGGCCUCCUCCAAUGGAACUGGAGAAGGUCCGCCACAUACUCCUCCUCCUUCAGGCACCGUUGCCACUGCUACCAAUCUCAGCAUUUCCUUGCUGGCAGUGAUGGCUUUGGGACUCCUCUGUACUGCCUAAUAAGAUUGAUUACAUGAUAUAACUUCAUAGGUUAUGUAACAUGUUUGCCCUCAGCGUAUUCAAACUGACACGAUUUGAGCUAUCUAUGUUUUACUCAUGUUAACCAAAAUAUGCAGCAAACAGUGAUUUGUUGUUAUAGAUUAAAAGGCUCUAAGAAAUUUUUUUGUUGUCAUAGGAAUGUUUGAUUUCGAUAGAGAUUUUGAAUCUUGAUA